AUGAGCUCCACCGUGGCUUCCAGCUCGGGAAAUCACCGCAUCGUCAAGCUGGGUGCCUGUUGGGGCGGCUGGGACGGAGAUGGCCAGAACCCCAGCUAUCAUGCUCCCGGUGUCUACAGGCUGUGCCGCAACUACAUGAAGUCUCACGACACCAAGUAUGGCACCUCCGCCGACGAAGGAGAGAAUUGGGAAGCCGACUGGAACAAGGUCAUUGCCACCACCUACAAAGUUUUUGAGGCCACGCAGUGUCCUUCCACUGGUCUCGUGCCCAAUUGGGCCAAGGUCUAUGAAGAAGGUCAAAGCCUUCGUGCUGAGACGGGCUUCUCUGGCAGUGGCACGCCGGGUGCCGAGUAUGGUUCUGAAGCGAGCCGCACGGUGUGGCGCGUGACACUAGACUACCUCCUCUUCCCCAGCGAAGCCGGUGAUGCCGCGGCCUUCCUGGAUCCUCUUGCCACCCACCUAGAAGGCAAGGAGACGAACGGCAACUGGGCUACGGCUCUGGAUGUGGAUGGCAGCUGCUUGGUCGACAGCGUCCACAGCAGUUGGUCCUGGAACAUGUUCAUGGCCGGCCCGACGUUUUCCUGCCUGGUGUGCCCCGCCAACUCGGUGCAGGAGGACAGACAGCAGGAGCUCAUUGAUGCGGCUGGCCGGCGAGUGGCUUCGAAGGCCAUCGAAGACUACUACUCGGGCAGCUGGAUCGCCAUCAGCACUAUUACCCUGCACCUCGGUUUGGAGAAGCCAGGCCCUCCAUCGCCACCUGCAACCACGGUGCCGGUAACUUCCACGAUCGCACCCACGACGAGCUCCGAUUCGACCGGAGUCCUAGCCAGGCCCCAAACCUCUGUCUGCAGCCCUGGAGGCGUUUGUUCUGAAGCGUCUGAGGACUGCCGCGCUACAGGCUGCUGUGUGAAUGCAGGUUUGACUUGCUACGAAAAGAAUGACUACUGGGCAAAUUGCCGACAGAGCUGUGAGCCGGGUGCCAUCGACCCGAACGAUGCGCCAGAGUAUCAGACUCCUUGGACUUGCACCGUCAUCGGGGGCUCGACCCCAUCUCCGUCUCCCCAGCCGUCGCCCUCACCUCCCCCGUCUCCCACUCCAAGCCCCGCACCCAACCCGGUGCCCGGAAUGGCGUUCACUACGGGCACAGCCGGCUCGGGAAAGGCGCGGCUUUUCGAGUUCGUGGAUGCCCUGACUGCUUUGCCUGCAGCUGGAUCCAAGUACAGGGCGGUGCGUUCCUCGGGUGGAGCCGCCGGCGGCGUG